AUGACCACAUCCACAAAACGCAAGGCCGCUGGCGUCCCUGCCUUGACCGAGUCUGAGACGGCCAGGCUGGUAGAAACAAUAAAGGACUGGACCAUCGCCCGGGGACUUUCCGUCCGGCCUCCGCCUUCCGUGGUCGCUGCGAAUUCCGAUCCGGCCGGGAUCCUUGCCACCAGCGUCCCAGUCACCUUAUUUCCCAGUCCGUUCCCCGCCAACUGUUUUGAGCAGGCCCACGAUGCUCAAAAGCCUUACAAUGAGCUAUAUGCCAAAAUCAGCCAAGAUGAGGACUUUAUUCGCCAGAUGGUAGAGGAAGUUGCCGGAGGUGACGACUUCAUCGCCAAGUUAUGGGAAACCCACUGCAAAGUCAAGGAGGAGGGCUAUAGUCAACAACUUUCACUGGGUCUCUUCAGGUCCGAUUAUAUGGUUCACCAGGACCUCACAGACCCCAACGCUGUGCCACAGGUCAGGCAGGUUGAGUUCAACACCAUCGCAUCCUCUUUUGGUGGACUAUCUGCACAGACGUCCUUGUUGCAUCAACACCUAGCCCUCACCGAGUACCCGCUGCUCCAAGACUCCCGGGCAGCCGGAAGUCUCAACCUGCCCGAUAACCGCAGCACUCGCGGGCUUGCUGCCGGUAUCCGCGCCGCUUUUACUGCCUAUGGUGAUUCGGACCUGGGCCAUGAUCGAUGUGUGAUUUUCCUCGUCCAGGAUGGCGAGCGCAACGUCUUUGACCAGCGACACCUCGAGUACGAGGUCCAGCAAGGUGGCAACAGCGGCAAUACCGUCAUUCCCGUGUUCCGAUUGCCCUUUUCGCAGAUCCGGAAGCACACGUCGAUAGCGGACGGGCCCAAACGCCAGCUGCUGUACCGCCUGCCGAGCAACCCGGCCAGGGUUUUCGAGGUCGCCGUCAUUUACAUGCGCUCCGGUUACGGGCCCGGCGACUACCCGGACGAUGAGGCCUGGCAGGGACGUCUACAGCUCGAGCGCUCCAACGCCAUCAAGUGCCCCACGGUGCUGACCCAGCUGGCCGGCAUGAAGAAGGUGCAGCAGGUGCUCGCCACGCCGCCAUCUUCCCCCUCGCCCUUCAAGCUCGGUCGCUUCGUGCCCGAGAAGACGCCGGCCUGGGAGAGCCUGUGGGGCACAUUUGCCAACAUCUACCCGAUGGAUGAUUCCGAGGCCGGGCUCGAGGGCCGCCGCCUCGCCCUCGACCCGGAGCUGUGUGUCAAACACGUCCUCAAGCCUCAACGGGAGGGCGGCGGCAACAAUCACUACAAGGCCGCCAUACCGGCCUUCCUUGCCUCCCUUCCCGACAAGUCGCACUGGAACUCGUACAUACUGAUGGAGCUCAUCACUCCCCCGCCCGUCGCGAACGUGAUCCUGCGCAACGGCGAGAUAGAGCAGGGCGGUGUGAUUUGCGAGCUGGGCGUGUUCGGCACCUGCCUGUGGAACAAUGCCACGGGCGAGAUGCUCCGCAACGAGCAGGAGGGUUAUCUCCUCCGAACCAAGGGGGACCAGAGCGAAGAGGGUGGCGUCGCUGCAGGGUUUGGUUGCAUGGACUCAGUCGCCCUGGUCUGA